AUGAAAUAUUUAUUAAUUUUGUUUAUUGUCUGUAAAAUUUCAUCCACUCCUAUUCGCGAUAGUCGCAUAAUUUAUCCUGAUGAGUUUGGAAAUAUUCAAAUUGAUAAUCGAAUUGAUGACACGGAAUCUGAUCAGAUAAGCUUAUUGAAUGAUCCUAACAUAAUUAAACCAGCAAAUGCAACCACAACAUUAACUAGUCAGCAUCAAAAAAAGUUAAAAAAUCCUGAAAAUGGCGAAUUCUAUCAAGGUGACAUUGUCUUACUAGAUGAAGAGCUAAAAAGCUUGCAUGAUUCCAGCGAUUGUAAAGCAAGAACUGGAUUAUCAAGUGUUUUGAAACGAUGGCCAAAGAACUUAUAUGGAAAGGUUAUUAUUCCUUUCACAAUUUCCGAUGACUUUUACUUUAAUGACAAAGCAAGUAUCCUCUCAGCAAUGUACGAUAUUGAGGCACACACCUGUAUUAAAUUUAUACAACGUAGCUAUGAACAUGAUUACAUCUAUAUAAUAUCCGAUACUGGAUGUUAUUCAUAUAUUGGAAGAAAAUUAGGGCCUCAAGUUAUGAGCCUUCAACGAGAUGAUUGCAUAUCACAUGGACACAUCAUUCACGAAUUAGUUCAUGCUCUUGGAUUUCAUCACAUGCACAAUCAUAUUGAUAGGAAUAAUUACGUCACUAUUAAUUAUAACAAUGUUGAUCCGAGUAAGAUUAAUCAAUUUGUAGCUGUAGAUCCUUUGCUGUUUGAGAAUUUCGGAACACCUUAUGAUUACUAUUCAGUCAUGCACUAUGAUACAUACACAUUCUCAAAAAAUGGACUGCAGACAAUUUUACCAAAUGAUUACAACUACCGAAAUGUUCUUGGACAAAGAAUUGGAUUGAGUAUAGGAGAUGUGAAGAGAAUUAAUUCAAUGUAUAAGUGCGAUCAAGUCAAUCAAUUUUAUUAG